CUCUCUCUAAUAGUUGGUGAACACCAGCUGACAGGGCACAAAGUGGCAGUGAAAAUACUGAACAGGCAGAAAAUCCGCAGCCUGGAUGUGGUGGGGAAGAUCAAACGAGAAAUUCAAAACCUGAAACUCUUCCGGCACCCUCACAUUAUCAAACUGUACCAGGUCAUCAGCACACCAACAGAUUUCUUCAUGGUGAUGGAAUACGUGUCUGGGGGUGAAUUGUUUGAUUACAUCUGUAAGCACGGACGUGUGGAGGAGGCAGAAGCUCGACGCCUUUUCCAGCAGAUCCUCUCUGCAGUGGAUUACUGCCACAGGCACAUGGUGGUGCACAGGGACCUGAAGCCAGAGAACGUGCUGCUGGAUGCACACAUGAAUGCAAAGAUAGCCGAUUUCGGACUGUCCAACAUGAUGUCAGAUGGUGAAUUUCUACGUACCAGCUGUGGUUCCCCAAAUUAUGCAGCCCCUGAAGUCAUCUCUGGAAGGCUCUAUGCUGGCCCAGAGGUGGACAUCUGGAGCUGUGGUGUCAUCCUCUACGCCCUCCUCUGUGGCACUCUGCCUUUUGACGACGAGCACGUCCCCACCCUGUUCAAGAAGAUCCGUGGGGGAGUGUUUUACAUCCCUGAAUACCUCAACCGCUCCGUGGCCACGCUCCUCAUGCACAUGCUGCAGGUGGACCCCCUCAAGAGAGCCACCAUCAAGGAUAUCAGGGAACACGAGUGGUUCAAGGAGGAGCUGCCCAGUUACCUGUUCCCGGAGGACCCUUCCUACGACGCCACGGUCAUCGACGACGAGGCGGUGCGGGAGGUGUGCGAGAAGUUCGAGUGCACGGAGUCGGAGGUGAUGAACAGCCUGUACAGCGGCGACCCCCAGGACCAGCUGGCUGUGGCCUACCACCUGGUCAUCGACAACCGCCGCAUCAUGAACCAGGCCAGCGAGUUCUACCUGGCCUCCAGCCCCCCCACCGGCUCCUUCAUGGACGACAGCGCCCUGCACAUCCCUCCGGGCGUGAAGCCGCACCCCGAGCGGAUGCCGCCGCUCGUCGCCGACAGCCCCAAGGCCCGCUGUCCCCUGGACGCCCUCAACACCACCAAGCCAAAGCCCCUGACUGUCAAAAAGGCCAAGUGGCACCUGGGGAUCCGCAGCCAGAGCAAACCCUAUGACAUCAUGGCCGAGGUGUACCGGGCCAUGAAGCAGCUGGACUUCGAGUGGAAGGUGGUGAACGCCUACCACCUGCGGGUGCGCCGCAAGAACCCCGUGACCGGCAACUACGUGAAGAUGAGCCUGCAGCUCUACCAGGUGGACAACCGCAGCUAUCUGCUGGACUUCAAAAGCAUCGAUGACGAGGUGAUGGAGCAGAGGUCUGGCUCCUCCACGCCCCAGCGCUCCUGCUCGGCCGCAGGCUUGCACCGGCCGCGCCUGAGCAUCGACGCGGCCGCGGCCUCCGAGUGCCAGUCUCUGAUGGGCUCCCUGAGCGGCUCCUUCGUGGGCAGCAUCCCCUCGGUGCCCCCUCGCCUGGGCAGCCACACCAUGGACUUCUUCGAGAUGUGUGCCAGCCUCAUCAUGGCCCUGGCCCGCUGAUGGCGCCGGCCCCUCUGCGCACUGUGAGGAUCUGCGCUGACUCGUCCUCCCCCUCCUUUCUCUUGCUUCCUUGUUCUUCCUCCUCCUCCCCUCACUGCCCCCACAGAGCCAAGUCCAGACCCAAAACAUGCUCCCUUCUAGCAAGGCACCAAGGAAAUUAACUUCAUACCUCUCCUGGUGCCUGGUGAAAUGUAUCCAAUAGCCUUUUUUUUUUUUUUCUUUCCAUGUGAACCCCAUGGGAAAUGUUAAGGCUGUAAAGUAACAAACGUUCUCACUGAGUUUUUGGAAAACACCUCGCCCCUGGUUCAUCCUGAGGUAAUGAAGGCAUAGCCACGCUUCCUGCAGGGAGUUUGAUGUUUCCCUGAUGCUGGGCUGAGCCAGGGCAGAGGGGUUGACCGGGAGCUCUGUGAGAUGGAGUGGAGGGUGAUGAAGCAGCUUUGCAGUGUUCACACCCAGGUGCCAGCCUCUCUAACAGUUUUCUCCCCAAAGCAGCAGCUGCUUAGAUGCUUCUGCACUAGUGCAAUAUGACCUCCCUCCCCUCUCUUUUUCCCCCUGCUGAAGAUGGGCAGGGAAGGUGGGAUGUGCAAGGGUCCUGGUACAAACCUGCCGUGGUGGGGAGGCCAGUCUUUGCAGAGGAGUGUCCCUAAGGUGCAGUCUUUGUCCCUGUCCACUCUUUGCAGAGGAGUGUCCCUAAGGUGCAGUCUUUGUCCCUGUCCACUCUUUGCAGAGGAGUGUCCCUAAGGUGCUUUAUUUUGCCCAAGGGCUCCGGACAGCACUGACCUGCUCGCCACGCUCGGAGCUGAAGGCAGAUUGCCUUUUUCUCACCUCCCUCCAGCCUGCUCCCCCUCCCCUGCCUCGCCAGGGGCUCCAGGGGCUGAAUCCCAAGCAGGGUUCAGGUGAGCAGGGGACAGGAUCUGGAUCACCCACCUGAGAACCCGGCGCUUCCCCCGAGGGUUGGGAUCAUCCCUGAUGGGCAGGAGCCAUCAGCAGCGCACAGCUCCGGAGCACUCACCUCUCACCUUUCCCCUAGGAAUCUCUGGCUGUUGUCACCUCCCCAAAAUCACUGCCAAGUCUGCCUUCCCUGCUGCUGGACACUCACUGCCCCUGCCCAAGGGCUCUCCCAUCCUGCUGCUGCCCACUGGACUGUGACCUUCGCUGCUCCGCUGACCAGGCAGGGAUAUCCCAACACGGAAUUUUACUGUUCCUUUGCUACUGGCUAUCAGAAGGAUGGGAUUUUAUUUUUUAAGAUGAACUGCGGGGAUUUUUAAGGUUAAAUUCUUGUUACCCAAGGGUAAACCCUAAUGCAUGUGUGACUUCUUUGUUUAAAAGAGUUAUUAUUUUUUGUUACACGGGAUUAAUCUAAUAGGCAGCGUUGGCAUCUGCUUGGCUUUGACAUGGUAUUUAAUUCCAUUUACUUGAUUAUGAAGUAAUAGUCUAAUCAAGGAACAAAAGCUUUAUGAAAGCUUUGCCAAAAAAUCGUUGGAUGGGGGGUUUGGUUUUGUUCUGUUUGGGUUUUUUUGGUUGUUUUUUUUUUUUUUUUUUUUUUUUUUUGUACUGUUUUAAGAAACAAAGCAAAGAACUUUUGCUAGUCCCAGGUAUGCAGUCAUUCAACUUGAAAAAAAUGUAAUCUGUCUUUUUGAUAUCUUCUUAUGACCCCUUGAGGUUUUUUCCUAGGGUUUUUUUUUUGUACAGUUGCACUUUAAUUUAUACUUUCUGCAAGUUUGUAUGAGAAGCAAGGAAGAGAACAACAAAUUAAGCCUUUUUUACUAAUCAUUUAAGGUAAUCAAGACAAACAUGGGAUAUUUUUGCCAUCUACUGGCAGUUAAAUGGACCUAUUCAGUUUGAAGUCCCUUUUUUAAAAAAAGAACCACAAAAUUGCCUUACUUUUGUUACAGAUUGUGCUUGGAUCCUCACUAACGUGACUUUACAGCUGCAAUUUUUCCAGAAGCCGCACAAAGUAGAAAGAUUCAAAAAAAAAAAAAAAAAGAAAGAAAAGAAAAAUCAGUUUUGCUGUUAAGCUCUUGAACACUAAAUCCAACACAGCAGUGGUUGGACUGUUAAGAGAUACUGGAAAUAUUUGUAGUGCUCCUAGGUUUUGUAAUGAGCCUUUUAUUACAUUAUGGUUAUUAAAUAAAUACUCUGGGGUGAGGAUGGCUUUGGUGCUGUGCCUGGUGGCUGCCAGGUGAUUCGUGUCUCCAGUGCUGUGGUGUGAGUUUGGAUGGAGAAUCCAAACUCCUGCAUGCAAAAAAAAAAAACCCAAACAAA